AUGGUUAAAUUCACUUUCUUGUCUGUCGCCUUGGUUUACCUCGCUACAAGUGUCAACGGUGUAACUUAUACUGUUGAGGUUGGUAAAGGAGGUGCUAAUGUUUACUCACCAGACAACUUUGAUGCAAAUGUGGGAGAUACUGUCGUCUUCAGAUUUGUUGACGGCACACACGAUGUCAUACAAUCAGAUGAAGCAAAUUCAUGCGCUAAAUCCGCAAGACAAGAUGCUUUCACUACGGAAGUCAUGACAGGUUCUAAAAAUGCUUCCCCGGAAGCCAUAUGGAGUUUGGAUACUGUUGGGCCAAGAUACUACUUUUGUAAUUUUGCAACGCAUUGUUCUGUUGGUAAAAUGUACGGUACGAUCAAUGUCCUUGAAGAGGGAAAAACACCAAAAGCACCCGGAGUAAUACAACCUGACCCUCCCGUAAAACAACCUGGUACUCCAGCUGAUGAUUCCCCGAAUGUACCAAAAUCCUCAUCUACUAACCCAUCCACUCCAACUGAUACAGGAAAAUCCGCUCCAAAAUCUGCUGCUAGCGUUAAUAAACCAAUCCCAGUUGCUAUCGUUGGUAGCGCCAUGAUGUCUUUGGCCGGUUAUGUUCUUGUAAACUUAUAA